AUGACAAGAUAUAGCACUGAGAAACAGGUUGUAUUGAUUAGUGGUGGGUCUCAGGGUCUUGGGGAGUCCUUCGCAAAACGAUUCGUGCAGGAAAAUAACAAGGUGAUCAUUGUUUCGAGGUCCGAUGAGAAAUUGAGACAAGCAUGCCAAAGAAUUGGCGUUGAUGGGAUCACAUUGGGGGAGUACCAGGGCAAGGGCGUGAGCGAAGACAAAAGCUGGAAAUGCCCUCAAUUGUUAUACCAUGCGUGCGAUAUUUCCGAUUAUGAAAGUGUUGAUUCUAUGUUCAAGUUGCUGGUCAAGAAUGAACUGGUCCCUACACAGGUGUACAUGUGUGCUGGAGGGUCUAUUCCGAAACUCUUUGUUGAAUUGAGUGCAAGCGAGUUGCAGAACGGUAUCACUACGAAUUACGCUACGGCGGUUAACUUGGCCCAUGUCUCGUUGAGAUUCAAGGUGCCUCACAUAUUAUUCUUCUCUUCCGAAGUCGCAUUCUUCCCCUUUAUCGGAUACGCGCAGUACGCUCCUUUAAAACAGAGCAUCAGAUCUUUGGUCGCCAUCUUAAGACAAGAACAUGCCGAUACAAGGAUCACGUGCGUUUACCCUGGCAAUUUCCAAAGUGAAGGUUUCGACCUCGAAAAUAUGACUAAACCUUCUAUCACUAGAGAUAUCGAGGGCCCUAGCCAUCCGGUCACAGCUGCCCAAUGCCGUGACAAGAUCAUAUCGUCUUUAAAGUACGGUCUUGACGACAUCACUACAGACUCCAUCGGCUGGCUUUUGAUGGCUUGUGACCAGGGCUUUAACAAGCACACAUCCAACCAGUUCAUGUUCCUCUUUUCUUGGAUCUUGGGUGCUAUAUUGAACAUCACCAUUGUUCCCAUCUAUAUGCUCAUCUGCAAGUUCCAAAUCUAUCAAUGGAGGAACAAAAGAGCCAAGUCUGAUAAAACGUGA